CUUCUUUGGUCUUACAGGCAAACUCCAAAAUGCUACUCUUUUGAUAUGGAAUUAAAUGCUAGGGAUAACAUGAUAUGAAUUAAAUCAACUUAAAUCUAGAGUUUAUUACAUUGUGAAUUUAAACUAAAUAUCAUCUUAAAUUGAAAAUGAUUGUCUGUGGAAAAAGAUUGUCGAUUUGUUGUUCUUUCCUCAGCAUCUGGGCCAUUAUAAUGUUAACUUUAAUGGGAAUCCUUCUUUAUUCUCAUGCACUUGCUUUCGCAGAGGAUCUUGAAAUUGAGCCAAGAUCAAGUAAAAUUACGGAUCGCAAAAUAUUAAUAUCAGAAGCUUAUAGUAAAUAUGAAAAUGCGGCUCACAAUUGUUGGAUUGCUGUUUGUCUAUAUAUCAUAACAUUGGCCCUUUCUCUUCACCAAUACUAUCUCAAUAGGAAAGUUCAGUAUGGAUUGUAAUUUGACAUUCAGUGUGGAAAUAUUCAUCGAAAUACACAUUUAAUUUCAUCGUGUUAAUUUAACUUAUUCUGCUUUAUUGGAUUGUUUGGUCACAUUCAUGAAUGUAUUACAUGUUGAACCUAGUUUUUCUUGGUUCCUUAGCUCGGAUUAAAAGCUGAUCUUAUAAAGAAAUUCGUUUAGUUUCAAAAUAACUCGAAGCCGAUCUCAUUCAAAAUUGUUAUCAUAUUUUGUCAGCAAAACUGCCGGUUUAAUUGAUUAAUCUUGAGCCAAGUUUGUUUCUAUUGUAAUAAGAUGUUCAUUGAGGGACACAUUAAUGAAAUUGUUUGAUUAAACAUAAA